AUGGCCCUUCAUCUGGCGGCGCGCGUCUCCUUUAGAACGCUCUCACGUUCUGCGAGCUUCGCGCUCCCCGCGAGAGGGCUCCACACAACACCAGUUGUUUUGAAGAAGAAGGCCGCAAGAGCGACAAUUGAAGAAGAUAUCGACCUCUUCGACGAGCCUGUUGAAGACCUGUUCUCCUCUGGCCCAGAAAAGAAGGCUUCAACAUCAGCCACAACUUCUACCGCCGUUCCAUCAACGCAAGAGAGAAAAGGCCGACGAUUGGACCCCAAUGAACGCCAGAAACGGUUUACCCAGCUCGUCCAGUUCACGGAGCCGCGAGUUGGCCGGAAUCCCACCAAAACGUCGCCCCUGCUUCGCCGCACGGUGUUCCCACAGUUAAUACACCUCGCAAUGACUGCUGAAGACAUGAAGACGAUCUCCAACCUCAUGAUUUCGUGGAAGGAGGGAAAUUUGGGUACCCAGGGCAAGGCGCGGUUCGAUGCAAACGGGAGACCAAAAGGAGUUAGGCCGUUUGACGAGCCCACGAGCGAGCUCUUUACGCGGCGAUGCUCUGAAUUUGGAAUCCCAGAACAUGCGCUCACCGUCUUCGGAGACUCCCCGACUUACGCGCUUCCAUUGACGCUUUCUGCUGGUCGGCGACUGCUUCGCAGUCUGAUAGCGGGUGAACGCCCCUUUGUCGAAGUUGUCACUGCCGCGGCGCUUUACGAAGUUCAUGGCCUUCCAUCUGUGCAAGAGGACUUUGCAUCGUGCGCUCUGCUACUUGGCGCAUGUGUAAAACAUCUCGGAAGUAACCCGUUGGAUAAGAAGGCUAAAGCCCUCUUUGCUCAGCUAGUUCCAGCAUUAGAAAAAGGGCUGGCAGAUGCAGAGCCUAUUCCAGCAAGUCGUGACGUUUGGGAGAAGAGCUUGCGGGAGUGGUUGAAGGCGUCAAUGAAGGACAUCAACGCUUCCCUUCAAACGCAAGGCAAACCAAGAGACUGGCUAGAGUUAUGGAUGUCCCGCAGCCGUUUCUUUCCGACGCCAGUUAACGUUUAG